AUGGGCCCCCGUACCGCCUCCUCAUGCUGCUGCCAGGCCCGUAAUCUGCCAUGGCCAUCCCGUACGCUCCUCAAUGCUGGCAUGCCAGGGUCCACGAGUGUACAAUGGGUCCCUGUCCUCAUUGAUGCUGUACUCCAUCGCCACACUCUGCCAUGUGCCACACUUUCAGGGUCUCCUCACACUGCUGUGGGAUUCCAUUUUUGUCAUAGGGUGCUGGCAAGAUUCACGGGCCUCCCAUUGCUGCUGCCCCGUAAUCUGUCCAUGGGCCCCCUUUAACCCGCCACCUUGCUGCUGCUAGCCAGGUCCAUCAUGGGGUCCCUGUCUACCGCCUCCUCACUGCUGCCAGGUCCCAGAGUGUCUCAUGGCGUCCCUGUAUGGCCUACUCAUUGCUGCUGGUCUCCAUCGCUCACACUGCCAUGUGCCACUUUUCAGGUCUCCUCAC